UCCAUCGCGGCGACUCUGUUCAUCGGCAGCGAGAGAGCUCACUCGCACCUCGCCAACAAAGCAGACGACGCAGCGUCGCCCAGUUGCAGCAACACGCGACGCGCCUGUGGCACCCCUUCAACACCAACGAUCAUCUAAAAGAGCAACAGCCCAGCCACGAUGGACAUCGCUCACUCCCUCCACUCCGAGGUCUCGUCCCUCUCCUUCUCCUUCCUCUCGUCAGACGACAUUCGCUCCAUCUCGGUCAAGAAGAUUGACAACCCCGUCCUUCUCGACAACCUCAACCUCCCCACCCGCGGCGGUCUCUAUGACCCCAAGCUCGGCCCGAUGGGCCCUCGCGACAUCUGCGAGACAUGUAACCUGUCGUACUUUGCGUGCCCAGGACACUAUGGCCACAUCGAGCUCCCGACGCCAGUGUACCACCCUCUCUUCAUGAACCAGUGCUACCAGCUCCUCCGCGCAGUCUGCCUGUACUGCCACCACUUCAAGAUGCCGGAAAUCAUGCUGAAGAGGUACAUCGCCCGGUUGCGACUCCUCGAUGCUGGUCUUCUGGAGGAGUCCCACUACGUCGCCAACUUCCGCCCUCAGACUGGAGACCGCGGAGCCGCGGCUGAGGAUGCCGAGGAGGAGGACGCCGACGUCUCGGUCCCCGCAGAGACUGCUGCCGAGUUCAUCUUGCGAAUGGAGCUCUACGUUAAGACGGUCCUUAAGGCCAAGAAGGCGCGCGACAACCGCGACGACUACAAGGACGGUCUUGUGUUCGAGGAGAGGAGGCGUGUUCUGAACGAGUUUGGCAAGAAGAUCUGGUCCAAGUGCUCCCACUGCCAGGCUUACGGCAACACCUUCCGCAAGGAAAAGUCGGCCAAGAUUGUCGAGUACGACCUCACCCCCAAGCAGAAGCUUGCCAACGCCACUCUGAGCCUCAAGAAGCCCUCCAUCAACUUUGCCAACGGCCGCUCCAUUACCAAGAAGUCCAAGUCGUCGAAGGACAUUGACGUCGACGAGGGAAUCGAGGCUAGCAGUGGAUCAAGCGCCAGCGGAAGCGACGCCGAGGACGAGGCUAUGGACGUUGAUGAGUCUGAAAAGGACGACGAGUCGGACGAGGACGAGGCCGACGAGGGCAUUGUCACCGACGGCCGCGCCAGAACCGCCAGCGGCCAGAUCAAGGGCACCCGCGGAAGGAACGAGCGUGUCAUUGCCGCCGCCGAGGUCCGCGACCACCUCCGCCGCCUGUUCCAGCUCGAGUCCGAGGUCUGCUCCCUCCUCUACGGCCGCCACGGCGCCCCCCAGGCUCGCUCGCACGCCACUCCCCCUCCCAUCGCCGACAUGUUCUUCAUGGAGGCCAUGCCUGUGCCCCCUACCCGCUUCCGCCCUGCCUCCAAGAUGGGCGACGACCUGUUCGAGAACAGCCAGAAUUCGCUCCUUACUGCGGUUAUCAACACUGGCGAGCGCAUCAUCGAGCUCAACCAGAACUUAAUCGACUUCUCCAAGAAGGACAAGACCGAGGAGCUGAUGGAGAUGCUCUCCAAGCUCGACGAGAAGCGCACCUUUGAGCUCCUCCUCGAGGCCAUCGUCAAGCUCCAGCACGACGUCAACUCGUUCAUGGACAGCACCAAGAACCCUACCGUUAUGAAGCAGGGCAAGCUCCCUCCCCAGGGUAUCAAGCAGCUCCUCGAGAAGAAGGAGGGUCUUUUCCGCAAGCACAUGAUGGGCAAGCGUGUCAACUACGCCGCCCGUUCCGUCAUCUCGCCCGACAUCAACGUCGAGACCAACGAGAUCGGUAUCCCUCCCGUCUUCGCCAAGAAGCUCACCUACCCCGAGCCGGUCACGCCGAUGAACGUCCACGAGAUGCGCCAGCUCGUCAUCAACGGCCCCAAGGUGCACCCUGGUGCCUCCAUCGUCCAGAACGAGGACGGCACCCAGAUCUCGCUCGACCGCAUGACGCUGCAGCAGCGUACUGCCAUUGCCAACCAGCUCCUGACGCCUCAGAACGACGCGUACGGCGCCAGCAGCUCCUCGGGCGGCCCUCAGGCCCGCAACAAGAAGGUCUACAGGCACAUUCGCGAUGGCGACAUUGUCAUCCUCAACCGUCAGCCCACGCUGCACAAGCCUUCCAUGAUGUGCCACCGUGUCAAGGUUCUCCGUGGCGAGAAGACCAUCCGCAUGCACUACGCGAACUGUAACUCGUACAACGCCGACUUCGACGGUGACGAGAUGAACAUCCACUUCCCUCAGAACGAGGUGGCUCGCGCCGAGGCCAUGAUGAUCGCCAACACCGACAACCAGUACCUUGUGCCCACCUCUGGUGGCCCCCUUCGUGGUCUUAUCCAGGACCACGUCGUUGCUGGUGUCUGGAUGUGCAACAAGUCGUCCUUCUUCACCCGCGAUGAGUACUACCAGCUCAUCUACGGUGCUCUCCGUACCGAGAACGGCUACACUGGCCACAACCGCAUCAUCACUCUCCCUCCCGCCAUCUUCAAGCCCAGGCCCAUGUGGACCGGCAAGCAGAUCAUCUCCACCAUCCUGGCCAACCUCACCCCCACUACCUCGCGUGGCCUGAACCUGUCGUCCAAGAACAAGAUCCAGAACCAGCUUUGGGGCCGUGACGACUCCAAGGACAACGAGCUGUCCGAGGAGCUUGUCCUCUUCGUCGACGGCCACCUCCUCCGUGGUGUUCUCGACAAGUCGCAGUACGGUGCUUCGGCCUACGGUCUCAUCCACUCGGUUCACGAGCUGUACGGCCCGUACAUCGCCAACCGUCUUCUCGGUGUUCUGAGCAGGCUACUUACCAAGUACCUGCAGCACACCGCCUUCACGUGUCGUAUGGACGACCUUAUCCUCACCAAGGAGGGCGAGGCGCACCGCCAGAAGAUCCUCGAUGACGGCUCCAAGGACGGCAUGCAGGCUGCCAUCGAGUACGUCGGUCUCCCUGCCGACUCGAAGCACGAGGACCCCGAGACCCAGGCCAACCUCAAGAUUCGCCUCGAGGAGAUCCUCCGUGACGACCACCUCAUGGCUGGUCUGGACGCCAAGAUGCAGUCCGUGUUCAACAAGACCACGACCAAGAUCAACAACGAGGUCCUGCCCGCCCACCUUGUCCGCCCCUUCCCCUACAACAACAUGCAGACCAUGACCAUCUCCGGUGCCAAGGGCUCCAAGGUCAAUGCGUCGCAGAUCUCGACCCUUCUGGGUCAGCAGGCCCUCGAAGGUCGUCGUGUCCCCGUCAUGGUUUCGGGCAAGACCCUCCCCGCCUUCAAGCCUUUCGAGACUGCUGCCCGCGCCGGUGGUUACGUCGCCAACCGUUUCUUGACAGGUGUCCGCCCCCAGGAGUACUACUUCCACAGUAUGGCUGGUCGUGAGGGUCUUAUCGACACUGCCGUCAAGACUGCUCGUUCGGGUUACCUCCAGCGCUGUCUUAUCAAGCACCUCGAGGGUGUCAAGGUCCACUACGACCACACUGUUCGUGACUCGGACUCGUCGGUCCUCCAGUUCUACUACGGCGAGGAUGCCGUCGACGUCACCAAGUCGACGCACUUGGACAAGUUCGACUUCACUGCCAGAAACUUUGACUCGCUCUCGACCAAGCUCAAGCCCCAGGAGCUGCUGGGCAAGGUUGAGCAGACCGAGGCCAGCGACUACAUGAAGAAGGCUCUCAAGAAGCCCGCCAAGUACGAGCCCGUCAUGAGCAAGUUUACACCUUCGCGUUACAUUGGUGCCAUGUCGGAGGCGUACGCCGCCAAGGUCAACGAGUACAUCAACACCAACCCCCAGGGUCUCAUCAAGCGCAAGAACCACGAGGACAAGGCUGCUCCCUACUCUGCCACCAAGGUCGCCGAGAAGGAGUUUAUGCAGCUCGCCCGUGUGCGCUACAUGCGCAGCUUGGUCGAGCCUGGAGAGGCGGUCGGUCUGCUCGCGUCGCAGGGUGUCGGUGAGCCAUCGACCCAGAUGACUCUCAACACCUUCCACUUGGCUGGUCACGGUGCCGCCAACGUUACCCUCGGUAUCCCCCGUCUUCGUGAAAUCGUCAUGACUGCCGCUCAGAAGCCUGCCACGCCGACCAUGAGCCUGCCUAUUCGUGAGGGUAUCGAGGACACCGACAUUGAGUCGUUUACCAAGGAGGUCACCCGCCUCAACCUCUCCGAGGUUGUUGACAAGGUCACCGUCACUGAGCGCCUCUCUGGCAAGUCGAUCGAGGCCAACAACUCGCGUCUCCGCAAGUACACUGUUCUCCUCGAGUUCUUCGACCAGUCCGAGUACACUGAGGAGUACCGCAUCACCAAGGAGCAGCUCCACGAGUCGCUUGCUACCAGCUUCGCCCUCCGCCUCCGCAAGGAGAUUGUCAACGAGAUGCGCACUGCUGUCAAGGCCAAGGAGCAGGACCUCUCGGUUGGCAAGGGUCUCCGUGUCCGUGCCGACGACGUCGACGAGGGAGCCACCAGCGGACGUCGUGGCCGCGAUGACGAGAUUGACGACGAUGACGGAGACGCGUACCAGCUUAAGCGCCAGGCGCAGGCCAAGCAGCACGAGUACGACGAGGACGACGAGCCCGCCGGUGCCGUCGUCGACCUCGAGGACAUUGUCGAGCGUGAGGAUGAGGACUCGGAGGACGAGGAUGAGGAUGAGAAGACGGACGACGCUACGGCCGCCGCCAAGUCGAACCGCCGCUCCGACGACCUUGCGGACGAGUUCAAGAAGAUUGCCAAGUUUGCGACCAACUUCAGCUUCGACACCCACAACGGCAAGUCGGCCCAGUUUGACCUCGAGUUCCCUGGUCAGGCUCCCAAGCUUCUGCUUGUCGACCUGAUUGAGCGCAGCUGUCGCUCGGCUGUCAUCCACGAGGUGCCCAACAUUGGCCGCUGCAUGAAGGUGUUCGACGACAAGGGAUUCACUGGCAAGCUCAUCACCGAGGGCUCGAACAUCCAGGGCAUGUGGGCGCUUGCCGACGAGCUCAUUGACCUCGACCGUCUCGGCUCGAACGACGUGUACGCCAUCCUCCAGACAUAUGGUGUUGAGGCUGCGCGCCGCACCAUCAUCAACGAGAUGUCGUCCAUCUUCGGCGCGUACGGUAUCGGUGUCGACUACCGCCACUUGACAGUCAUUGCCGACUACAUGACCCACAACGGCGGCUACAAGCCGUUCAACCGUACGGGUAUUGCUGCCAAGUCGUCGCCUCUGCUCAAGGCGUCGUUCGAGACGACGGUGGCGUUCUUGUCAGACGCGACACUGCACGGCGACUAUGACGAUCUCACUAGCCCUGCGGCCAAGAUUGUCAUGGGCAAGCCGAGCGGGUCGGGCACUGGCUCGUUUGACAUUCGCGCACCACGGGUGAUCUCGGCCUAG